AUGGGUUGGGAGGGUCGGGUGACGUGUCCACGGGAACGGAGAAGGUGCGCGAUCCAGCAGCUGCGUAUGGGUACGGGGGGCACCCCUGUUACCCUCGAUACGCACGGCAAAACUCACUUAUUUUGUCUGGUCGUCGUUCGAAGUUAUCAUUGUAUCGUUUUCGUGUUGCGACAGAUUGGCUGUGGAAGAAAGUCUCGUAAUCCUCUGGAGAAAUGCGAUUUGAACAGUCGGAGCAGUCCGUACGGAAUGAGCUUUUUGGAGAAGGAGGAGAAAUUGAGCCAAGAUGGAUUUCGUUUCGCACAACCCCGGUCUCUGGCACCGCGACGAUUGUCCGCGGAUCCACGAAGCCCGAUACAAUCGCCGGUGCGGUCGUCGCCAGUUCAGGCGUGUCUCGCUCAACACUCUCUUUUCCGAAGCGUUUCCUCCGGUUACGAGAGCAUGGACGACAGUUACAACGAUACGACAGAUGCCGAGAAGUUAGACGAGUCAAGUCGGCUACCGAACGGUAUCUCGAUUUUGCUCAGCGGCGACAUAGUCGGCGACGAGAGGUUCGCGAUCGCAAGUACGAGCAAUCCGAGGACGCCUGAGUUCGCCCGCACUCAUUGCGGCAGCGGGAUUGUCAGGCGCUCAGCUUCAUUGCAAAAGCAGCAAGAAGACCGGAAAAAUUCGAAUCUGUCAAAAGUACGUUCCUGUCUAUUUCGCUCACCGACAGCGAGCUCGUCCACCACGAGCCCGAUCUUCGAGGACAACCUGCUGGCCACGAAGAUUCCCACCGCCGGUCGUCGACGCGUUACCGUAAGCUUCUCGCCGUCCAACUCCGUCGCCACCAUCCCUCGCAACAUCACGUUGCCUCUACGCUGCGCGUUUAAACGGCCGGACUCGCCGCUCACCGAAAGCACGCACGUGGCCAAAAGAUCGCGAAGAUCGACGAACUUUCUCGACAGCAUCGGCGAUAAUGGAUGCGAGACCAUGAUGACAACUUCGUCCGCUCCGAAGUGUGUGCUUCAAAGAAGCUUUUCCGAGUCGGCAGCACCGAGCGCGAUGAAAAUGGAGGUAGAAACAGAAUCGGAAACAGACUCCGAGGUGCAGUCAGAACUAGAAACGCACGCUCUCAUCAAGUCUGCCAUUCAUCGCAGCACCACCAGUACUGAUCUCACCGGAGAUUUUAGUAAACCUUGCGUCCUGCCACUGGCCGAAGGCCAUCAUGAUGACCUGCGAUCGAUUUCCACCGAGACGAUGGCUGCCUUGAUACGCGGACAAUUCAACGACCAAAUCAGUUCCUUUAAAAUCGUCGACUGUCGAUACCCGUAUGAGUUCGACGCUGGCCACAUCCAGGGUGCUGUCAACCUUUACAGUAAAGACCUGAUAGAGCAGAUUCUGCUGAACCCGUUGACGAGCACGCCCGAGAUACAACCGGACUCGAAUAAAAGAAACAUUUUAAUUUUUCAUUGUGAGUUCUCUUGGGAACGAGGCCCGAACAUGUCGCGUUUUCUACGCAGCUUGGAUCGGCAGCGUAACAAAGAACAUUAUCCGGCUCUGUACUACCCGGAAGUUUACUUGCUGCAUGGUGGAUACGAACAAUUUUAUAAGCAGCAGAAAGAGUUGUGCUCGCCGCAGGGCUACCGCCCCAUGAAACAUCCCGACCAUGAAGCCGACCUCAGACAAUUUCGUAACAAGAGUAAAAGUUGGCAAGGUGACAAAUCGAGGAUCAACUCUAACAUCGUCGGAGCUAAUCUAAAACGUUUAGGUUUUUAAUUGUUCUCGUCGUAUCCAUUCACUAUCC